AAGAAGGUCAUUUCAUCAUUCCACCCCAUAUCCUACUUUAUGCAAAAUAAUGGCCCUAACUCUAACUCUAAUCAUGUUUCUUCUCAUUGUUGUUUCACAAACCAUGGUGUACAUGAUCCCAUGUACACUUGGUCUUGCUUUGAUGAAUUCAGAGAGUGAUAAGCUGGCUUUACUUGCUUUGAAGCAAAAGCUUACCAAUGGCAUGCCUGAUGCUCUUCCAUCAUGGAACCAGUCUUUGCAUUUCUGUGAGUGGCAGGGUGUUACAUGCUGUCAACGCCACGUGAGAGUUUCUGUCUUGCACUUGGAAAAUCAAAACUGGGGUGGUACUCUUGGACCAUCCUUGUCAAAUCUAACCUUCCUCAGAAUGCUUAUUCUUUCCAACAUCGACUUGCAUGGUGAAAUUCCCACUCAAGUUGGUCGACUAAAGAGAUUGCAGGUUCUUGACUUGAGCCACAACAAUCUCCAUGAGUAUGGAGCGGGUGUGCAUGUAUCAGCAAAAGGAGAUAUCUACAGCUACGGAAUUCUUGUGUUGGAGAUGCUGACCGGAAAGAAACCAACGGAUAACAUGUUUGGUGAGGGUCUAAGCCUACACAAAUUCUGUGAGAAUGCAAUUCCAGAUAGAAUUAUAGAGAUAGUAGAUUCACGUUUGCUUGUGUCCAGUGCUGAAGAGGGAACAAGGGUCAUGGAAAGAACCAUUGGGGAGUGUUUGGUGUCCUUUGCUAGGAUUGGAGUUGCAUGUGCCGCAGAAUUGCCCAAUCAGCGAAUGGACAUAAAAGAUGUGAUAGUGGAGUUGCAAGCAAUCAAACGGAAGCUACCUUAAUUUGUUAACAUUUUUGUGUUAACAAAUUAAGGGGUUUGCCUGUAAGGUGAUUAACUCUUGCAUCCAUCACUUGAACUGCUUCGAUUCUACUUAGCCUACUUAGUGAAUAGUGGUCUUUGUUGACUAGUAGUAACCACAUGAACGUAUCUCUUGAGUGAAAGUGAUGAGAAAAUAAUAUUAUCAUAUGCAUAAUGCAUGAGGAAUAAAGAAAAAGGGUGGGAAGAAAAAAGACCUUUUGGGCAAAAAGAAAAUAUUAAUCAUAAGUAGUUUUCUAUGUUUUUCCACCUUCUCUACAGUGUCUUAUUCUAGACAUGGAUUAAAGUUUAGUCUAAAAUAUGUGUUUAAUCCAUUUUUUUUAAACAUAUCCGGUGGCAUGAUUAAUAUUUUUAGGUAUUGAGAUUUAUU